AUGAGCCAAAGCGGCACUCGGUUCUGGUUUAAGGUGAACUCCGUUUUCGAAGCAUUCCGUCCCGUUUAUAGGGCCAGCAAAAUGGUUGGAAUACUCGUCGAUACGAUCGACUUUCGGAAGCACGACAUCACCCGGACCGUGUGGGAUCAGAUUGCGCUCGUGGCCGGCGUUUUGCUCGAUCUUCAGGCCCUAAAACUGGCCGCUGGCCGAUCGCUUAGUAUUUCCGAUUCGAUCCUGCUGAACGUGGGCAUCUACAGCUCGGUCAAUUUGGGUUUCAUCAUUUCGUUAUGCAUUCCGCUCUGUAACCGCAUCUUUGCCCGGCGAAUGCACGGAAUGAUCAAAACGAUGGCGGAGGUAGACGGAAAGCUAGAAGAUCAUGGGUACCACCUCAAACACCAGUUGAACCACUUUCUCAGCUGUGCGUAUAUGGCCACACCGAUCCUGAUCAAUUUCCUACUGUUCGGUAGCACGCUUAUUGGUCAGCGAGUUUCCGAGGCUCAACGAACUAGUUUGUUAGAAAUUAUUAUUUUUAUUCGAUCUUCUUUGGUUUACACCAUCUUUGGGUCUUACUCGUGUCUCACAUUGACGUCCAUCUAUAUGCGCUGCAAAGGACUGAACGCGGUGGUGUGUUCUUUUCACAGCCAGAGGCUUUCAUCUCCGAUCGACACAAGGUCUCUGAUUGCCUCGGUACGAUGUUUUGGAGAGCUGCACGAAAAGCUCUGCGACAUCAUACUGAGCUUCAACUAUUGCUUCGGCCUCCAACUGCUCUGCAUGAUGGCGUCAGCGUUUGGGUUCACCCUGUUUUCGCUGUUUGGUCUCGUUCAUGAUUUGUCACGUUCUACGGGCGAUGAGAAUUACAUUGCUACGAUGUACAAUAUGGUUUAUGGUUGCAUUUACCUGUCGUUCAUCAUCCAGGUCGUGGUUAAUGGGAGUCUCGUAACGCACGAGUGCAAAAAAACGGCGGUGAUGAUACAUAAGACGAUUUGCUACAACCACCUCGAGCCGGCUGUCAUGAGGCAGAUAAAAUUCUUCUCCCUGCAGCUGUUCAACUCCGACCCACAAGUGUCCUGUUUGCUGUACAAUUUUCAGUGGUCUUUUCUCGUUUCCGUCCUUUCGUCACUCAUGAUGCACAUAGUGAUCCUGGUUCAGUUCGAUCUGGCCAACAUUGCCACCAAAGUGUGA